AUUAUCAGAAUCUGAAAAAAUGUGUCGUCACUUGUUCUUUGCGAAGCUCUGCUGUUUGAUUACUAAUAAGCUUCCCGUGCAUACAGAAUUAGAAGUGGUUAAUUUAAGCAAAGAAAAGGAGAAGGAUCUUCUAAUAGCACUGUCUCAGAUUUAUAGAGAUAUUCAAAAACUUGAGUGUGGUGGUGGUUUAGAUUUGCAUCAUGAAGAUGAUCAUAACUGUUUGAUAAAAGUCCUAGCUGACUUGAUAAUAUUAUUAACAGUCGAGAAUCGAUAUGUACAGCAUUUAGUUGGCAACAUUCUUGUUGUCAUAUCUGAAUUUGUGUCUGCUUCUGGAAGUGAAUGGGAUUCUUUCGUUAAAUCGUUGUUUAUUUGUCUGAAAUUGGUGAUCUGUAAUAUGUUGUCACAUUCUUUGGAGUUGGCUACAUGUGGAGACGGGGUUUUAAAAUGUGAUCCGUCUAGCUUUGUUGUCUUAAAAUCGAGAUUAGUAAAUGCUGACGGGUCUACGGCUGCUGCAAUUAUUCGAGUUUUACGUAACAUUUUAAAAAAUUUAAAGCAAGAAGAUGAUGAUGAACUUCAUGGAGUGUACCUUGGGUCCGUGAGUUCUUUUCUUUCAAAUAUGUCCUCCUAUAUUAGGGGUGAGAGCCAAGCUGGUCAGAUUAGUGGGACUAAGGAAAGCGAUUCUCGGAAUGUACACUAUAUGGAUGCUUUACUUGAAAGAAAUAUCUGUGACGAGCAGAAGAAAAUAUUGUUUCUUGGCACUUUUAUUCAAUUUCUCUGUUCAUUGGUUGAACAAAGCUUUGAGGUGGAAGCAGAGAUUGGUUUACAAGAUCAUUAUCCAAUUCUUUGCUUAAUUACGAGCUUUGUGCCUAAAUUUUUGUCUUGGCAAGGGAAUUGUGACUGUUCAUCUGUCUCUCUAUACUUCAGACAUAAAUUGUUGAUGCUGAUGGUCCGGCUCAGUAACCAAACUUGUAUAGGUUAUUUCACUCUGACUUUAUGGCUGCAACUUCUUCAUGAUAACUUUGGAUUGCUUUUGUGGAAAUGCACGGUCAAACUUGAAUUUGCUCAAGAUGAAAGCCUUGAAGGCUCUCCAUUUUUAUCAAGUCUCUCUGAUGGAGAAAUAAGUAGAAUAAACUCUAAUCACUUGCAAAGGUGGGCUGUUCUCCUUUUUCUGAGGUGUUGUUUUGGUCUUAUCAGCUCAACAAGGGACUCGAGCAAGCAGUGUACAUGCGGAACUCUUAACUAUUGCUUGUGUUACUCAGUCUCGGACUCAGACUGUUGUGGUAGAAAGAAAGGCUUCUUAGAGCUUUAUAAUUGGCUUCAAGAGCAUCUUGAAAUUGAUAUGUCCGUGGGCCGUGAAUUAUAUAUUGAGAAGUGUAUAAAUUUCACCUCAUCUUUCCUUCAGCUUUUUAUGCAUGAGGAUGAUGUUUUAUUUAAAGUGCUUUUGCAAUUGCGAAGCAUACACUCUUGUGUUGAGCAAUGCAGGUCUAAUGGAGAAAAGUACUCUUUAGGAGAUAUAGAAGAAGAUAUUCUUUCUCAUAUUUCACACAUCAUUAAUCCUGUGAAUCUGUUCCAUCUAUUUCUUGCAGAGUUGCAUUACGAUCAUCAAGUAAUUCUUGAUUACCUUAUUUCUAAAGAUACAGGAACUGAUUGUGCAGAAUAUCUUCUAAGGUGUUUACGCACAGUGUGCAAUUCAUGGCAUUUGUUUACAACAUUUUCUAUGCAGAAGAAAAUAGUAAAAUACUCAUCUUGCAAGAAAAGAAAAACCUGUCUGGAUAUUUCUAGUCUUCAGGUGGAGGCAUCAUCUGUGCAUGCAUUGUACAGUUCUUCCACAAUUGCAGAACAGGGAAAGAAAGAUGUUGAAUAUAUCGAGAAGCAGUACAAAACCAGAAAAAAGCUGUUCAAGGAAGCCAAAGGCUGCUUGCUUUCUUUGAAAGAUUCUGUACAAAAUCUUCAACAGAAGAAUUUGUUCCCAUAUAAUCCUGAAGUUCUUUUAAGACGUGAUGUGAAGAACCCUAGGCAUGAGCUGAUUGCAUUAUCUACAUGUUGACACAUAGCCCUUUUCUGUUAAAAGAAGAAGAAGACAGUUUCUUACUAUGCUGUUUAAACUACCAAGUUUUCAUUUAUGAAAAUUAUACUGAUUGAUCU